UGAGACUGAUCCUAAUUUCUACUCUUUUUUUUUUUCUUUUUUCUUUUUUCUUACACAAACCUUUAUAUAUAUAUAUAUACAUAAACAUAUUCUUUUGUUUUUUUGGAGGAAAUUUUAGAGAUUGUGGUUGAGUGAUGAGUUCAUAGAGAGAAAAAGAUCCCAAUUUCCAAAUAAAGAGUAUACCUUCUUUUGGACAGAAUAUUGAAGUGAAAUUCUAAACUAUUUGGAGGUCUUGUGAGAAUAUUCUAAUUUGUUUACAUAAAAGCCGUAAAGGUCAAGUUCCAAUUAGUUGUGAAACCUAAAAACGCGGAAGAUUUUAAAUCUUGGAAGUCCAAAGGGCGAAAGCUUCGUUCUUUUUGGAAAAAGUUUUUCUUAGACAAAAUUUUUAUAUUUAAUAUGCGAGAUUGAAAGCAUACGUUUAAUAGCUAUGUUCAAUCCCACUUUAAAAAAAAAAAGAAUAUUUACUUUUAAUACAAAACACGUGUCAAUUACUAUUAUAGUUAGCUUUAUAAACAUUAUAAAUAUAUGUGUUAAAUAGAUGUCUAUUAUCAAGUGUGAAAAUAUGACCAUUUUAUUUGUUAUUCAUCUCUUCCAACGUAACAUUUAAUUAAUGUUCACGUAACCCACCACUUAUUUAUCAUUUUAUGUAUAAAGAGAGGUCUUCAAUGGAUCUUUUAUAAGUACAUGCAACAUCGGUUGAAAUUUCAAAGGUUUUUGUUUUUUUAUACAAAAUUUAUUUAAUAAUUUUGUUAUUUAUUAGGUAUUAUAUUAUAUUUAUGGAAUUUAAUAAGGUUUAAGGCCCAAUUCUUAUUGGGUCUUAUCCACUAAAGAAGUAAUUGGGCUUAGGGCCUCUCUCGAUAUCAAAGCUUCCCACCAAAAAGCAGGUGAAAGAAAUACCAUUCUCCUUCUUCUGCUUCUGAUUUGUGUGCAGAAUUUCAAUUUUGAAUUCAAUCGAUCAAAAUGGCCAAGUGUUCGUUCGAAUGGUGGCAUGCACCCAUCGUCUUCUCCAUCUCUGUUGUUUUAGCCUUCUUCGCCAUUUCCACAGCUCUCCACUCAUCUACUUCCCACUCUCCAACUCCACCCAACAAAUCCAUGGCCGAUGAUCUUUCUUUAAACGCAUCAAGAGCCUUAAGACGAGCCGGUUUCAACACCAUUGCCACACUCCUUCAAGUCUCCCCUGAACAUUUUUUCUCCCCUCAAAACUCCACCAUUUUCGCCAUAAAAGAUUCCGCCAUCUCCAAUACCUCCCUCCCUCCAUGGCUCCUCAAGAAUCUUGUCCAAUACCACACUUCCCCUGUCAAGCUUUCCAUGGCUGACCUGUUAAAGAAGCCUCGAGGGGUCUGUCUCCCGACCCUUCUGAUGCCAAAGAAAAUUGCUAUCACCAAAAUGGAUUCCACUGCUAGAUUGGUUGAGAUCAAUCAUGUUCUUGUCACUGACCCUGAUAUUUUUCUUGGUGGAAAUGUUUCCAUUCAUGGUGUUCUUGGCCCAUUUUCUCCUUUGGAUCCUCUUGAUCUUCGUCAGGGAUGGAGCUUCAUUCAAUCACCGUACUGUGAUACGAAUGCUACCAUGAUUUCAGAUCCUUUUGAAACCAAUAAUGGGGUUGUUGGAGUUGGAGUUGAAGUCGAAUGGAGAAGAAUCAUAAGGUGGCUUAGUGCAAAUGGGUUUAUUUCUUAUGCAAUCGGAUUACAAACCGUUCUUGAAGGGCUUCUUCAAGAUUUCGAAGGAUUGAGAUCGAUUACUGUCUUUGCGCCGCCGAAUUUAUCCUCUGUUGCAUCUCCAUCGCCUGUUCUGAAUCGAGCUGUGAGGCUUCAUAUUGUUCCUCAAAUGGUUACAUACAAAUCCCUCGCUUCGUUGCCGACCAGAACUUCGCUCAAGACGCUCGUCUCCGGCCAAGAUAUCGAGAUCCUCGGAGGAGUUCGUGUUCCGAGAGGAACGGUGAAAGUUAACGGCGUGGAGAUUGUCUCGCCGGAGAUUUUCCGAUCAGAGAACUGUGUAAUCCAUGGAAUUUCCCGGUCGCUUGAGAUCGCCGGUUUACCUCAUUCAUCGAGGUGAGAUCGCUUCAAUUAGUGAAAAUUCAACCCAUCCAUAGAACUAGAACAUCUGUUCUGAUUUGGAACUCAGAAUGUAAUAUACAAAAGAAUUUAAAAGGGAAUUCUGAACCUGCAUUUUCUAUACAAUUAGGAUUUCAUAUUGCACAAUAUCAAAACAAAAAAACAAAAACGAAAAGAAGGAAAUUAAGAAAUCGAAGGAAACAUUGUUGUAUCAAGAAGUUCUUUUCAUUAAAA